CACGCAAGGGGGACGCUGGAGCAGGUGGAGCGGGCAGGCUGCGCACUCCAAGCACCCCCAGCAGGGGGGAAGGAAGAGGGUCAGGCACGCGGAGGAUUUUAGGACAGCAGGAGGCUGCGUUCUCCUGCAGUCGCAGGCAGCCCGCAGGGAUCUGCCCGUGGGCUCUCCCUUUAUUCAAACGAGCUUUCGCAGGGCUCCUCUGUGAGCAUCAGCCUGCAGAGACAGGCAGCUUCCUUACGGGAGGGAAGCACAGGCACGUCCAGGGCCGACAGCACAGGUGUCAAGGAGAUGGAUCCCAGCCCCGGCGGGCGCAUCCCCAGCUGCACUCCAGCAGGUCUCCAGGGCUGCAGUGCCGGCAGUUGCCGGCAGCCUCAGCACGGCGGUGAGCUCACAAGGGAGCGCUGAUGUCACAGCAGCGGCUCUGAUGUCACAAGCACCCAGGUGCCCCGCAGGCUGUGAAAAGCAAGCGCACUGCCCCUGCUGCUCACUGCGCACAGCGGCGGCAGCGGCGGCAGCGAGGACCACAGACGUGGCACGCGGCGGCAGCAAGCAGCGGCAGCAGUUUGGGGGUGGUGCGAGAGCAGGAGCCAUGGCCCUGAGCCACCACCUCCUCCUCCUCCUCCUCCUCUUCGUGGCCCUCCAAGCCAGGCCUCUCCACGCUGCUCCACUGCGAGCGUGGGGAGCAGAUGGGGGUCACGCAUUGAGGCGUCCUCCAGCUGCUCGGCUGGACGCUGGUGUGGAGCCCUUGGGGCAGCCUGCAGAUGGGAACCUCAAGAGCACUUCUGCAGCUCUUCCCCAGCCUCCUGCUCCUCAGCCACGUGGGCAUCGCAGGGGGCCUCCAACGGGCAAAUACUCAGGUGAAGGAGCAAAGACAUCCCUUGAAGGCUUGAAAACCCUACAGAUAGUGCUGAAGCAACUGGAAGGAGGCCAGGAUGUGGGCAAGGACAUCCGUGAGAACACUGACACUCGUUGGCAAGAGCUCUUCAACAUCAAGUUGCAGAUUGUGCAGUACCUGAAAGCAGUCUUUGUAGUCUGUGUAGUAGCAGCCACCUUUUUCCUGAUACUUGUAUUGGUGCUGUGCUGCACAGCAGCCUGCUACUGCCUGAAGAAAGCCAUGGGGUGAGUCGUGACUUUUAUGCCCCCCACUGCUUCCCUCCAGGGCUGCUCAAAGCCACGAAGCAUUUCUAGUCAGAGUGCUGUGGAGCAGUCACUUGGUGAUUGGGCAGAACCUGCCAGCUGCAGAUGAGGACUUGAGCAGCCUCCUCUCUCUACAGGAAACGCUCUGCAGAUCCAGGACACAAGCUGGAAACAGGCAGCUUCCUUUCCAGUCUGAAGAACAAGAGGAGCUCCCCUGACACAGCUCAAAUCUCAGCCAAAGAGCAGAUGCCAGAGCAGCCAUUGAAGACAGCACAAGUGGAGCAUCCACCCAGCCCACUGGAGACAGUGGCAGAGGAGCAGCCACGCAGAUCACAGGAGCCAGUGCCACAAAGGCAUCCAUCCAGCACACUGGAGACAGUGGCAGAGGAGAAUCCAUGGAGAUUACGGGAGCCAGUGCCACAAAGGCGUCCACCCAGCUCACUGGAGACAGUGGCAGAGGAGAAUCCAUGGAGAUUACGGGAGCCAGUGCCACAAAGGCGUCCACCCAGCACACUGGAGACAGUGGCAGAGGAGCAGCCACGCAGAUCACGGGAGCCAGUGCCACAAAGGCGUCCAUCCAGCACACUGGAGCCACCUCCAGAGGAGUAUCCACGCAGAUCAUGGGACUCAGUGCCACAGAGGCACCCACCCAGACCUCAGCACUCCAUGUCAGCCAGAUCCACGGUGGGGCCACCGAGCUCCCCGAGCAAGACCUUUCAGCAGCCCAGUCAGCAAUGGAGCCAUUCGGCAUCCUCCCACCGCACCAGUCAGCACAGCAACCGAGACUAAGGCUCCUCCUGUUUGUGCUGUGAAGAAAUCAAAGUGGGUUUGUGACAUGGCUUGGUGAGGGCUGCAAGGAAGAUUGGUCCAGUCUAAAGGUUUCUUCACAAUGGAGACAGAGGAGCCCUGUGAAACGGCAUUUGAAUGGAGAGUGCAGGGGACUGAUCCCCGUGGGGAGCAUCCACCCAGGACACCGAAGACAGUAGCUGUUGUGUUUGUGUACUACCUUUUACCUUGUGUAUUUCUGUCUGUAGCUGUAUAGAUUGCAAAUACCUGCUUGUAUGUUGUGCUAAGCUGUCACUAUAAAGCUUCAUUCCUUAAUUCCCA